UCCAAACUGCAACGAGUUCCGUCACCAUUCCGAAACUACGAUUGACCAUGAAUACUCCGACAUUGUUGCCGUCGUAGAAAGCGCUCAUAAUACUUCAAAGUACAUACAAAUGCCAUUGUCCUUAGGUGUUGCCGAACUCGCGGACGCCGCCCGCAUCGCCGAGAUCCACACGGCCGCUUUCGGCUCGAACGCGAUGCUAUUAGCGCAAUUCCCCACACCGGCCGUUCGGACCGCUCUAAAGAAGAGCAUCGAAUUAAAAGCGCUUGCCGACAUCGACGAUCCGAAAACUACCGUCCUUGUCGUUCGCGACCCGAGCCUAGAAACCCAUAGUAGCAACGCCGCAUCGGCCAAUGAGCAAACUCGCGAGCGUCGAAACAAGGAGCAAGUCGUAGCGUUUGCAAAGUGGGCGCACCCCGUGCAACCUAACGAAAACUACGUCGAGCCCCCGUGGAUUUGGCCGGCAGGAACAAACCUCGGUGUUCUUGAUGAUUGGGCGAAGAAAACCGAGGAAGCCCAAUUGCGAGCCGUAGGAAAUACGCCGUGUUAUCGACUCACGUUCAUGGGGACUGAUCCCUCACAUCGGAGGCGUGGUGCAGCAACGACGAUGGUCCGAUGGGGUAUGGAUCGUUCGAGGAAAGAUGGCGCUCCCGCGUAUCUGGAGAGUACUCUCGAAGCAGCUUCGUUCUAUAGAAAUCUCGGUUUCGUCGACGUAGAUAAGAUUUCAUUAGAAUAUGGGAUAGACGGCACCGAGAUAUGUAGCACUUAUGAGGAGGUUAGCUUUUUAUACAGGUGACUAGACUGCUGCGUAUGUUUUUAUAUUCAGUCUUGAUGUAGAGUUCCUACGGUAAUUUUCAAUACCAUUUAGCAUCUGAU